AUGCCAGGCCAUUUUGUAAACGACAUUCACUCAUGUGUAGACGAAUCACUGAUCGGUUAUGUUCGAGCGCAUAGUCAUUUAGAAUUAGCGGGUAGAGCAGUAAUUGCUCGAUCGCAAGUUCCAUCAGUCGCAAUCAUCAGCGGAAGUGGCUCUGGUCAUGAACCAGCAACGGUUGGAUUUGUUGGUCGUGGUUUAUUAAGUGCUUGUAUAUCGGGUUCGAUAUUUGCCUCGCCACCAUCGUCGGACAUUUUUCGACUUAUUAUCGAAAUGAAACGUCGUGGUGCUAAACAGAUACUUUUGAUUAUUUUGAAUUAUACUGGCGAUCGACUGAAUUUUGGUUUAGCAAUGGAACGUGCUCGAGAAUUGUCAAUUGAUAUUGAUAUGUUAGUAGUAGCCGAUGAUGCAGCAGUUGACAAUGCCAUUGGACCGCGAGGUUUAGCUGGGCUUUUAUUGGUGAUUAAAGUUGCUGGAGCGUUGGCUGAACAGGGGAAAACGAUGAGUGAAAUUGUCGAUAUUUGUCAAAAGGUUCGAGGCCAAUUACGCACGAUUGGUUUAUCUGCAUCAGGCAUUCGCGCACCAGGUCAACAACAAGCUUUUGAUUUACCUGAUGAUGAAAUGGAACUAGGCAUGGGUAUUCACGGUGAAUGCGGUGCUCAAAAACUAAAGCUUUUACCCUCACGACAAGCAACAGAUUUAGCAUUUGGUCAACUUUUUCGCGGCACACGUGCAUUGGAUAUCAAACGUGAUGAUACUGUACUUCUUCUAGUCAAUAAUCUCGGUGGUUGUUCAAAUCUUGAAUUGGGCAUCAUUGUGAAAGAUGCUAUUGAAAAUUUGGAACAUCGAGCAUUACAUGUGAAACGCGUGAUCUGUGGAGAAUUGAUGACAUCAUUCAAUAUGAAAGGUUUUUCACUGACAGUAUUGAAACUGCCAGCAGAUAUGAGUACAAUCGUAUUGAAUUUACUCGAAGCACCAACCGAUGCUUUCGCCUGGCCAAAAAUAAUCAGUCCAACACAAUUACCAACGAGUAUUCAAACUCUGUCUGAUUCAUUAGAAUUCAACGAUGAAUUUACUGCUCAACUUGUAAUUAAUCAAUCAGAUUUACUAUUCGACACAUCGAUUGCUGAAUUAAUUAAUCAAGCUCUUCAGACAGUGGUUAAACGGCUUCACAAUGAAAUCGACAAACUCAAUCGAUUGGACGCAAUUUCAGGUGAUGGUGACACAGGUACAGCAUUUGGUCGUGCUGCGGACACAAUUUCAGAUGAUCUCAGCAAUCAAAAACUAAUACUCGAUCGUCCUGCAUCGUUAUUUCGUCGUCUUGGUCUCAUUGCCGAAAGUCGAAUGGGUGGAACCUGUGGUGCAAUUUGUGGAUUGUUCUUUGCUGCUGUAGCUAAGCACUUAUCAUUAUCAAUCAAAUCCGGUGUAAUCAUCGAUAGUCUUAGUGAUGCAUUCGAAGCUGGAAUUCAGUCGGUUGAAUCGUAUGCACGUGUCCAACCAGGUGAUAAAAGUCUAUUAGAUGCUUUGAUACCAGCUGUUGAUUUCAUUAAAACGAAACGUGCCCAACAAAGUUUUACAUCACAAGAUUGGAAAGAGUUAGCACUUGUCGCUGAACGUGCUACCAAUGAAACGAAAAGUCUCGUUGCCAAAGUUGGCCGAGCAUCAUAUACGAAAGCUGUCGAUACACCUACUGUUGAUCCCGGUGCAUACGCAGUCUCGAUUAUUCUUCAUGCAAUCAGUGACGUCUUUGCUAAAGGAUCAUCUCGUUAA